AUGGAAAACAAAGCAAAAGUCGUGGAAAAUGAUAAAAAAUUGUUUGAUAAUGAAAAUUUAAAUAGGAAUUUGUUAAAAGAUUUAAUUUAUUAUGUGGAAGAAUUUCUGAGUAAAAAAGAUGAAGUCACAAAGCAUCUUGCAGAUAUAAUAAAGCGGAUCUUCUACAGUAAUUUAAAAGUUCUCGAUAAAAAUGGUCAACCGAAUAUUCGACGAGUUUUUGGCAUUCUAGACUUCCUCAAUCAAAAAUCUGUGGACGAACAGCGACUCCACUUUAAUAAAUGGCUUCUCGAGAAUAUCCAUAAAGGAAAGUUAUCCAAUUUCCUGUCCUUCAUUUUAUCAGACACAGAACACAUUAAAAAUUGCUAUGAGUCAUCUGCUUUUAUUCGAUCCGAGGCUUAUCAGAAUGCCUUGAUGCUUUGCAUUCUCGCGUUGGAAUCAAAUCAGCGAAGUCACUUAUCGAAAAUCGACAAAACAUUAUACAAGAAAAAUAAAGCAGGUCAUAGACGAAGCAUAUCACAGCCAUUUAUUCCAACGCCACAACAAAUACCAAGGAAAUCAAUUUUAUCGCACUUAAAAAGAACUUCAAGGACGUUUGACUCUUACAGCAAUAGUAGUGUCGAAAAAGUGAAAGUUUUAAAUCAUCGACGAUGUAAGAGUUUGCCGAAUUUAAGCCAUGAAAGUUACAGCAAUCGUCCACGAUCAAAAACAAUAACGAUUAAUAAAAAUAAUAAUACAUUUAAUAAGAGAGUAUCAUUUAAGAGCGAAGUUGGAACCGAUCAAGUGCCUUUUUUUGAGUAUCGAGACACCGCAUCAACAAACAUGAAUAAUUUAAGUAAUUCUAAACAAUCAAUCGUGCCUAUUCAUCUUGUAAAAGUUGAUGACAUCAAAAUUCAUACUGAUUAUCGCUUCACAUCAGAUUCUAGGUCGAGUAAUCAAUUGAUAAGUCCAGCAUCGAGUAAUUCCUCAUCUAAAUUGUCAUUGACACCAAAACGAUCAUUUUUUAGUUUCUUUGAAUCGCCAUUAAUUGCAUCUAAGAUUCAUAGUCCAGAUUUAUUGGAAGCAUCAUGCAGUACUUUAAAACAUGAAUUAAAUUGA